AUGACUGAACAGCGCAGCGGAAGGCGUCUCAAGAGUUCGCAAAUUGAUGAUAGGCUGAGCGAUUUGCCGGACUCAGUGCUGAGUCACAUCCUCUCUUUUCUCUCAACUCAGGAAUCCGUGGCAACCACCAUUCUCGGUAGAAGAUGGAGGUAUCUAUGGUCUUACGUCCCCAAUUUAGAUUUCGAUUGCGUAAAUCAAGAGAUCAUCUACCGUGUUUUGUUGCAGCAUAAAUUGCGCAGCCUGACUGCAUUUCGCCUCCAUUACGCCACUCGCUGCAGCGCCUAUCAACUCGAGACAUGGAUCACCUUCGCCGCUGCGCGCAACGUUCGAAAACUCGAUCUUUGUCUCAAAGAUCACGUGUCUUCGCGUCGAAUUGCUCUGCCUCGAUGCCUCUUCACCUGCGAAACCCUAGUUGAUUUGAGUCUCGAUUCCUGCGGUGUCGUCCCCUCAAGUGGUGCAGUGCGUUUGCCUCGACUCAAAAAGCUUGAUCUAUGGUAUCUCGACUAUGAAACCCACGAGUCCCUCCCCCGCCUGAUUUCUGGAUGUCCGGUACUCGAGGAGUUGUCGAUCAUAUUUUACGGGGAUAUUGUUUAUUGUAAUGUUUCUUCGCCUACGAUAAAAAAGUUCUUGCUCAAAUUUACAUCCGAAUAUUGCGGUGGACCCGACAGGCUGGAGAUAAAUACCCCCGCACUUGAAUAUAUCGAGAUAAAUGAUUAUUUCUUGAAUAUCAAAAUCAAAUGUGGGGUGCUAACCUCCUUAUUUGAAGCAAAUAUCACACUUCAAAAUGACGGUCAACUUUGUUUUCAAUCCCUUCGGAAAUGUUUGGAUAGUCUUUGCAAUGUAAAGUACCUAACGUUAGAUUUAUCAAGAUGUGUAGAGAUUAUUGAUUCCGUACCCUCACCUUGGACUACAAGUUUUCGUAACUUAACCCAACUUGAAUUGAUUGCUGAUUGCUGUUUUCUCCCAAAGUUCCUCGAAAUUGCUGAUAAUCUUGAAAUCCUUAUUUUCACCGAGCAGGUUUGUCGAUGUAAUAUACAGUUAAAGCUUUAUAAAUUAUGUUGUUACGAUCAGCGUUAUGAUGAAGAAGAAAUAGAAGGGUGGAAGGAAACACCGCAACGAAAAGUGCCGAGAUGCCUAUCAUCACAUCUUAGAAUCAUAAAGCUCCUCGACAUCAAAGGUAACAAGCACGACUUUGAAUUUAUAAGAUAUCUUUUGAGGAAUGCCCAAGUCUUGGAGAUGAUGGAAAUAGCAUAUGCCGAAGCCCUUACCCUCGAAGAAAAGGUUAAUAUUCUCGAGAAAAUCUCACGGUUUCAAAGAGGAUCCAACAAAUGUGAAGUUGCCUUUGUUGAUGUAAAAGUCACUUGA